UGGCUCUCUGCCUCAGUAAGCUAUCAGCUGUGGCACUGAGCACGUCGAAGUGCAGAUACCUGUCCCGUCCUCCAGUAAAUGGUCUUGAGGGAUGGUUGGCUGAGACCGCUCUAAGAGAAGCAAAUUCGUGGACCUGAUUUAGUUUCAUUUUCUGGAAUCGAGAGAAGGAUUUUUUGAAGCAGCACAGAAAAGUGAGCGUCUUCCGGCUGCUUAUGUACUGAUGUAGCUUUGACGUCUGUUUUCAUAUUUAGCCAUCCUUGGUUACCUGGUUAGACUGCUGAAACAUUUAAUUUAUAAGAUACCGCAAUCAUGCCGGGAAGGAGGAUACCAGCCAGUGAUACAACAGAGCCGUUGACGGCUGAAAUGGAACCCAUGACUCCAACGUCAGAUGAAAACAAAACAAUAGUAGACACUGAGAAAACUGUGCUGAAGAAGGAGCUGGGUCUCUUAGAAGGUGUGGCCAUUAUCAUCGGUAUCAUCAUCGGGUCAGGUAUUUUCAUUUCACCGAAAGGUGUUUUACAAGAAACUGGAAGUGUUGGGAUGAGCUUAGUUGUUUGGGUACUCUGUGGCAUCUUGUCUAUGGUUGGUGCCCUUUGUUACGCAGAGCUGGGCACUAGUAUACCCAAGUCAGGUGGUGAUUAUGCUUACAUCAAUACUGCAUUUGGCUCCCUACCAUCAUUUCUGUUUUUAUGGGAUGCCAACCUUAUUUUUGUGCCCACCACCAACGCCAUCAUGGGUCUCACGUUUGCAAAAUAUGUAAUACAGCCUUUCUUCCCUGAAUGUACCAUGCCAGAUUCAGCGAUCAGACUUAUAGCUGCUCUUGCAAUCUGUUUCUUAACCUUUAUUAACUGCUGGAAUGUGAAAAUCACCACAAAGCUACAAGAUUUUUUCAUGAUCACAAAAGUUGGUGCAAUUCUUCUCGUCAUCAUUGCUGGAAUGGUGCACCUUUUCAUGGGUAAUACACAGAACUUUGAAAAUGCAUUUGAAGGCACUUCAACGGAACCUGGCCAGAUAGCAGUGUCUUUCUACUCGGGUAUAUUUUCUUAUGCAGGGUGGAAUUACCUCAAUUUUAUGACAGAGGAAUUACAGAAUCCUUUUGUAAAUUUGCCAAGAGCCAUCUAUAUAUCAUUGCCGUUAGUGACAUGUGUUUAUGUUCUGGCCAACAUAGCUUACUUAGCAGUUUUAUCACCAACAGCUAUGCUAGCAUCUGAUGCUAUUGCUGUGACAUUUGCUGACAAGCUGAUGUCGUAUGGAAGUUGGGUAAUGCCCCUUCUUGUUGCAUUCUCAGCCUUUGGUGGCUUAUCUGUCCACAUUAUGACAUCAUCAAGAUUAUGUUUUGUUGGUGCCAGACAAGGGCAUUUUCCUGACUGCUUGGCUCUGAUCAACUAUAAAUGCAAUACACCAACUUCAUCUCUAGUGUUCUUAGGUGUUCUAUCUCUCGGUUACUUGUGCACAACAAACAUCUAUAGUUUAAUUGAAUAUGCUAGCUUUGUUGAGAGCAUGUUCAUCCUCUGUAGUAUCGCUGGUCUUCUGUACCUUAGGUGGAAGAACCCAGGAAUGGAGAGACCUAUCAAGGUCAACAUCAUCAUUCCAAUCCUGUUUCUCAUGAUAUGUGGAUUCUUGGUGUUCCUUCCACUCUAUGUAAGGCCCGUUGAAGUUGGAAUGGGUAUCCUCAUAACGGCGUCUGGUAUCCCAGCAUACUUCCUUUUUGUUUAUUGGGAAAACAAACCAGCAUUUGUCCAGAAUUCACUAAGAAUGCUUACAUAUUGCACCCAGUUAUUGUUCCACUCUGUAAAAGGGGAAUGAGCAAGAAAGCAUAAUGUAUUAGGGAUUUUGAUACAAUACUUUUGAUAUGUAUAUUAUGUAAAUAGAUUAAGGAUUCUGUUUGUAAAGUCGAUAGUGUAUCACAAAACACAUUUCAUUUGGCUACAAUAAGCUAUAUUUUGCUCAGUAAUCAUGACAUUACUUCUUAUAUGUUGUUGAGUAGAGUGAGAUUUUGCAAAUGUGUUUAUUACUCAUCAGUAUCUGUGUGAGAGGUUGUUUUUGAAUGUGUUGAACAUAAGCUGCCGUACCAAAGGCUUUGAUACAUGAAUGGAAAGUGUAUAUAUUUUUAUAGAUAUUUUACCUUGCAUCUUGGACUCCACUCAUUAAUUCAAAUCCAGUGCAACUUCACCACAUGUCUAUUUAUCUUCAGUAUCUUGAGCCAGCUUUUAUCUAGUUACUGAGAAGUCUAAAUUUCAAGGUAACAAAAGAAAACAAAAAAUUUUACUCAAGAAUACCACUAUCUAAAAAUGUGCCAAAUGAAAAUAUGAACAUGCUAUAAUACAUACUGUACUUUUUAGUCAUUCUAGGUUCUUCAUCCUGAAAAAAGAAGAAUGUUAUGCUUCAUAAACUAAGAGAACAAUUCCUAACAAUUCAGAUCAUACAACAUUUGGAAAUUGUGGUUUACAAAAUACCUUUAGGUCUGCAACUCACCUCUGUCUUGGUGUUGCUAUUGAUGUAUAUCUGUAUAGAAAAGAAUACGUAGUUGCUUUUCUUUAAAUUUUAAAAUAAACCUGUAAUCAUUAAGCAUUCAACACUGAACAACUCAUUUUGGCAAGUGGUAUUCUCCUAGCAUGUGGUACUAGGACAUGAUUUUACAUAAAAGUUCCAAUUAAUCAGUUGGUCCUCCAAUAAUAAUACAAUAACUGAAGACAAGGCAGUUUUAUAUCAGUGAAAAAAUUAUAUUUCUUUUAUAAAUGUACUUGUAAUUCUAUAACAAGUGAUAGUGUCAAUUGCCUUAUGCUGCUUAAGCCUUAUGCAAUGCACUCUUUAUCAAGGCAAUGUGAAAAACCCUGAUUUUUAUCUUUUAUACCUGCUUAACUAAGGAUUUGAUUAAAUUCAGUAAGGCUGGUUUAUCCUUUUUCUCUCAAACUUAGAUCAGUGUAUAAGAUGCUGAUACUUGUGUUUUUUACUGUUGUAAAUAGUAGUGGAGUGCUUUCCAUAGAAAUAUACCAUUAACUGUAAAAAAGAAUUUUUGUUUUGCAAGAUUCACAGAAACAUGCCUAUGAUUUUUCUAGUUUUUCUUGAUAAGGAAGAGAUGUGAAGUUUUAUAUUUUUACCUCCUGCUUUUUUUAAACAAUAUGUACCUAUCAUGGCUUGAAAAAUCAAUGUAUCUGUGAUAAGUUAAUUAAGGAUUCCACUGUAAUCCCAUCUAGGCUCUGUAUAUAGAUUUUUACCCUAUACAAGUGGUGGUUUAACUACUUCAUAAUGAUGAUAUAAGUCGAUGUACAAUAAAAGAAAAGUGACAUUAACAGCUCAGUGUUUAACAAAGAUUCUUGCAUUGUUCCUAGAGAUAUCUUAUGAAAGUGUACAGUAUACAGUAUUUAUUGUUGCACACCUUUAUAUCCUUUCUAAAUUCAUUUCAGGGCUGGAGCAAAAUUAUAAGAUAUUGUGUGGAACUUUUGUGUUUACCACAUAUUAAUCUAGUAGUAUCCUUUUAUUCCUUUUACUGUAUCUCCAUUCAUAUUCUUUCUUUAAUCUGACUUUCCACCCUCUCUAACUCUUGUCUAACAGUGCACCUGUUAGGUGUUCCUCCUGUUACACUUUUCAAGCCACAUGAAUGACCUCAUGGGUCCCAGCAAGUGGCCUUUGACCUAGAUUUUAUAUUCUUCUAUUUUACUAGUAUCUUGUUCUUUAGAUGAAAGCUUUCUACAUCCAUUACGAUCUUGUAAAACUAAAAGCAGUGCAAAAAUAUUUGUUUGUUUAUAUCUAAGUUUGUAGUACGUACUGUAUGUGUUAUUAUUGUACAGCAGUGUAACCAUUUGUAUACUCAAAAGGCUGGCCCAAAAUAAGAUAAAAACACUGCAGUAGGGCAAAUUUAAAGACCCUAGACUAAAUAAGAAGACCAUAAAAAAAUCAAAAGGGAAUAUAAGCUAGAAAGCAGUAUGAUUAAUGGCCAAAGGUCUAAAUGCUGCAUUAAAGCCUUUACAAAGUCUGUUGUGUCACACUGAUUCUUUUAUAGCUGUAAUAUUUGUCAAAUAUGUUUAGAAUCAAGUUUUAAUCUUUCAUGUGGCAUAUGUUGUUUUAAAUUUAUUUCCAUUUGUCAUGGGGCGUUUCAAGAAGUCAUCUUUGCAAAUGAAUAUUGUGUAAUAUUAUUUAUAUUCCCCAUAUUGUAUUUAUCAUGCGACUAUUUUACUCUACUGGGUACGGUAAUCAUCUACCGUUUAGAUUCUGCAUAAAUGUAGUAUUAGAUUUAUAGGUAUAUUUUAUAGUCAAGGAAUAAAUUGCUACAACCUACUGAAAGCUAUAUUUUGUACAUUAUAAAAUAAAUUAUACUGACCACAAGUUACAUUUCUAGUUUAUCAUGAUGCUGGCCCAAUAGAUACUGGAACAAACAGAAGCAGGGCAGGUAUGAUGAAUAAGACUAAAGGGAAUUGAUGACAAGUUAAUGCUGACAAGACCUUUCAGUACUGCGAACAGUUAUCACGGGCACACCUUCCAUACUGACCAUGUGGAAUCUAUACUCUUUGGAUUACACAACCCCAAAACUUACUUUCCCUUAUCUGCCAAGCUUUAGAAAUUCUUCCUGGUUCUGUUUUUCAGACGAAAUUCCUUAAAAUGGCAAGUUGAUAAUUUCUUUUGGAAAUUUUUCUCCCAGGAAGAAUUUCAAGUAUCACACUAAUCAAAUUAUCAUCAUAAUCAUUUUUACAAUUACGUAUCUGUAUUUGUGUACACAUAAAAUAUGAGCAAAUAAUUUAAUCAUUCUUUAUUGGAUUUACAUUUAGAACCAGCAAUUCACUGAGACUAUAAAUGUAAAAGUAAGGAUUCCUACAGUACCACAACUUAUUCCUUAAAAUGCAUAAUAUAAACCUAUCUACAUAACUUGCACACCAAAGGACAUUAUAAACAGCAUACAACAGGAUUUCCAAGACAAAAAGGUCCAUUUUAUUAAAGUAUAAUUUUACUUUCACAUUUCUCAAUAUUAUCUGACUUGCUGCAAAUAGUUGCAAUAACUACAUUCAUUACAUAAUAUCACCUCGUGUUUUCAAGUCAGGGUUGUCCACAGUCUUGCUGAAAUAUCAAAUAUCUUUACUACAGUUUGAUAUUUUCAAUAAUUUAAAAGUGCACAGAAACACCCAAAAAUAAACUAAAAUUUCUUACCAGUUCCUUACAUACUGCACUUUUUCAAAAAAUUACAAUAAAGCUGGUAUCAAUCUUGUUUUGACGGAUUCCUGUUUACAUAAGCAUUAUGAGGCAUGCAAAUGCUUAAAAAAUAGCCAAAUAGGCAGCCUUUAAUACCAAAUCAAGCCAAAACUUCCCAAAAUGAAUAAUGAAGCCAAUACAUGUCAGGCUUUAUGAAAUGAACCGACAUAAAAUCAAAUUAAAGCAUAUUACAUAGGAGGGCCAAGGGAGUAAUAAAUACAA